AUGGCCAUACAAAUCAGGUCGAUUCUGCUGCUUUUGGGCAUGAUAAGUAUGGUGACUCCUCAGGUUGUGAGCCCCCUCUACCCAAUAUCUGGAACCAACAGCUCUGUAUCAGACGAUGGAAGUUCUCCACAAAUUACCCUGCAGCAACCUUUUGUCUAUUUUGGACAGACAUAUAAUUACAUUUAUGUCAACCACAAUGGACACCUGACCUUUACUGAACCAUUGCAAAGUUACACACCUCAACGGUUUCCAUCACAUGGAUCCAUAGACAUCAUUGCUCCAUUCUGGGUAGAUUUGGACAACACAAAUGGUGGAAUCUACUACAACCAAUACACCAGCGGUAGUGUCCUCCAGCAAGCUACACGGGACAUUAACACCUAUUUCCCGAGCAUGAACUUCAAUGCCAACUGGGUCUUUGUUGCAACAUGGUUUGAGGUGUCCUACUAUUCAUUUACAGGAACACAAUCAACUGUCCAAGCCGUGUUGAUCUCUGGAGACCAGUACUCAUUCUUGCUGAUGAACUAUGGGAUAAUAGCCGCAACUGAUUUGGACGUGCAGGCUGGCUAUGAUACAGUUAACUCUUCUCACCAUUUUACCAUCCCUGGAUCCUUCUCUACCAAUGCAACAGGCAUUAACUCAAAUUUCCGCCUGAGCAGCAAUGUCAAUGUACCUGGUCGUUGGGCCUUCCAGACAGACCAUGGAUCAAGAGGCUGCACUUUUAAUGGUGAACCCGUGCAGCUCGGUGACUCAUUCUGGAGUGACAGUACCUGUGCAGAGAAGUGCACCUGCACCUCAGCAGGUCUGCAGUGUCUCAGGCAACCCUGCUCCUUUUCCCAAAUCUGCCGGCCAAGUGCUUUCCAGUUCUCUUGCCAGACGGUGCAGAGAGGCACCUGCACUAUAAGUGGUGAUCCACAUUACUAUACCUUUGACAACACAGUGUUUCACUUUCAGGGCACCUGCGCUUACGUUCUCUCAGAACAAUGUGGUCGUGGACUGCCCUACUAUCGAGUAGAGGGCAAGAAUGAGCACCGGGGCAGCACUCGUGUCUCUUGGACACGACUGGUCAAAGUGUUUGUUUACAAUGAAACAAUUGAGCUUAUCAAGGGACAUCAUGGUAAAGCCAAGGUUAAUGGAAAUUUUGCUGCCACUCCGUUCUACCUCAAUAAUGGGACUGUCCAGGUUUAUGAGUCAGGUUUUUCUGUGAUCAUCAGUACUGUCUUUGGCUUGGAAGUUUCUUAUGACACAAAUCAUUAUGUCAGGAUCAGUGUGCCCUACACCUACCAGAAUGCAACAUGUGGCCUGUGUGGAAACUUCAAUAAUAAUCCCAGGGAUGACUUUCGAACACGCCAAGGCGAGCUUGUGAACUCGGAUGAGUUGUUUGCCAACAGUUGGCAAGCAUCAGGGGAUGAUGACCCUGGUUGUGAGGUGCAGUGUGGAGGGCUGGACUGCGCUGCCUGCACUGAUGAUCAGACAGCUUUAUACAGCAAUACUGACCAUUGUGGUAUCCUCCAGAGCAGUUCUGGACCGUUUGCUGCUUGCCAUCAACGACUUCCCCCACAAACCUUUGUGCAGAGUUGUGUGUAUGAUCUGUGUGUAGGAGGAGGGUACCAGCCCAUUAUGUGUCAAGCCCUAAAUGCUUACGCAAGUCAGUGUCAACAGAAUGGUAUCCAUCUGCCAAGUUGGAGGCAACCAGGCUUUUGUGAAAUCCUCUGCCCAGCCAACAGCCACUUUGAGUCCCAAGGCACAGGAUGUCCAUCUACCUGUGUCAAUCCAAAUUCCACCCACAGCUGCCCUCUCCCUGCCCAGGAGAGCUGCAUCUGCAAUUCAGGCUACAUCCUCAGUGCUGGAGUCUGCGUCCCUCAUGCUGAGUGUGGCUGCAGCUUUGAGGGCCGCUACUACCGCUCUGGAGAAACUGUAAUACUAGAUGAAGACUGUGGAAGACGUUGUAGCUGCAGUUACGGCUCCAUGACCUGUCGCCCACAUGGUUGUGGUCCACUUCAAUCUUGCAGUGUGGAGGAGGGAGAAAGAGGAUGCAGAUCUAACAGCUAUGCAACAUGCUGGACAAGCGGCCCAGGGUCAUAUCAUACAUUUGAUGGACUGACAUACCAUUAUCCUGGGGCCUGUCGACUGACUCUUGCCAAAGUGAUGGGAUUGUCUGAUCACCCCCACUUUGUGGUGACAGCAGAGAAAGUGCCCAAAGGCCAGCAGGGUUUUGCCAGGCUGCUAAAGUUUGAGGCAGAGGGAACACAAGUCUCCAUUGAGAUGACAGAUAGCAGCAGAGUACAAGUUAACGGUCAGCUGAUCGGACUUCCAUUCAGCUCAACAUCCAACCGAAUCCAAAUCUACCACAGCAGCAUUCACAGCAUCAUCCUUCGCACCUCCUUUGGUGUGACUGUGCAGACAGUUUGGCCUCACUUUGUGCGUGUCACUACACCUGGUAUCUACACUGGUUCACUGGGUGGACUCUGUGGUAACUACAAUGGUCACUCACAUGACGACUUCCACACACCCAAUGGCAUUCUUGUCAACAGUUCCCAGGUCUUUGGAGACAGUUGGCGAGAUGGCUCCCUUGCUGCACACUGCGUGGAAAGUGUACAUACGAAUUACAGUUCUAUUGAGAACUGUAGCAUUAUUGGCUCACCACAAGGGCCAUUUACUCAGUGUUGGGCCAUGGUAGACCCCCGGCAGCAUGUGGAUGUAUGUUUGGAGAUCAUUAGGGCCUCUAGAGAUCCAGCAUCGGCACUAUGUGAGGUCCUACGAGAUUAUGCACUAAUGUGUCAACAGAAGGGCGUAGCCCUGGGACACUGGAGGAAUGCAACUGGCUGUGAGCAAACCUGCCCUUUAAACAGCCAUUAUGAACUCUGUGGAACCACUUGUCCCUCCACCUGCCCCAGCCUCUCUUUUCCUUUCACCUGUGAUGCUGUGUGCCAGGAUGGGUGCCAGUGUGAUGAUGGUUUUAUCCUCAAUGGCGACCAGUGCGUGCCACCAAUAUCCUGCGGAUGCCGUCACCUUGGACGCUAUCUGCAAGGUGGUGAACAGUUCUGGGAUGGUGAGGAAUGUCAGAGCUUGUGUACCUGUAAUGGCACAACUGGGACAGUCCACUGUUUUCCCAACUCCUGUGGUCCACAGGAGUCCUGCCGUGUGGUGGGGGGUGAGUAUGGUUGCCAUCCCAACCCUCAUGGCACCUGCUCUGCUUCUGGAGAUCCCCACUACCUCACAUUUGAUGGCAAGGCUUAUGACUUUCAGGGAAGUUGCCGCUAUGUUCUCGCGAGUCCUUGUAAUGCUACUGAUGGACUCCACCAAUUUUCAGUGGAAGCUAAGAAUGAGCCAUGGAAUGGGUUGCCAGUUUCAAUCACAGCUCAAGUUUUUGUGAAUUUGUGGGGCUAUGAAGUGCUUAUAUCAAGAGAAAAAAGAGGUGUGGUUGAGGUCAAUGGAGUGACCAGAAACUUACCUAUUCUCUUGAAUGGAAGUCAUGUGUCUAUCUAUGCAAGUGGAUCUCGUGUAAUUGUCAGAACUGAUUUUGGCUUGAGUGUCACCUAUGAUGGAUAUAGUACAGUGUAUCUCUCUUUACCUGCAAAUUACAGAGGAAAAACAUGUGGACUUUGCGGAAACUUCAACGGAAACCCAAAUGAUGAGUUCCACACCCCAUCAGGAACAAUAGUCAACACUCCAAAUGAGUUUGGGACAGCUUGGAAGGUGGCAGGCAACUACACCUGCAGUGAUGGGUGUGGUUCCUCCUGCCCACAGUGUACCAAUGAGCAACCUGCUAGAGCUCAGUGUGAGUUGAUUCAAGCAGCCGACGGCCCCUUCAGCUUCUGCCAUGAGCAGGUGGACCCAGCGCCAUAUUUCAACGACUGUGUGUUUGAUGUUUGUGUGUCGGGAAGUGAGGGCCAAGAUCUUCUGUGCAGGGCGAUUCAAGCGUAUGUCACUGCCUGUCAGUCUGCCAAUGUUCGAAUCUACCCUUGGAGACAGAACACCACUUGCAGACUGGACUGUCCAACCAACAGCCAUUAUGAGCUGUGUGGUACCGACUGUGGCCACACCUGUGCCAGCAGCAUUGAUGCUACCUGUGAGCAGUUUUGCUCUGAGGGAUGUUUCUGUGAUGAGGGUUUUCAGAGGAGUGGGACGAGGUGUGUUCCUGUGGAAAGCUGUGGCUGCCAAUAUGAUGGCUUCUACUAUAAUGCUGGUGAGUCAUUCUGGAUAGAAGGUUGCUCCCAGCGAUGUGAAUGCCAGGCUCCCAAUGACCUGCGCUGCUCUGCUACAUCUUGCACUCCUGCACAAGAGUGCACUGUCAGAAAUGGCCAGCUGGGCUGUUUUGAUUCAAUGUCUACUUGUACUGUGUGGGGGGACCCACACUACAUCACCUUUGACGGGGCACUAGUUCAUUUCCAGGGCACGUGCUCAUACAUCAUCACUGAGAGUGUGAGCCACGGCACCAAUGAAACCCAGUUUCAGGUAGCAGCCACCAAUAAUCACCGUGGCAACAACCGUGUGUCGUUUGUAUCAGCAGUGGAUAUAUACCUCUCAAAUCAACCAGAGAGUGCAUACAUCAGGAUUGGACCAAACAGAAGAGUAAAGGUAAAUGGAACUGAGGUCUCUCUUCCAACCACCACAGGAACCUUAGCUACGGUUGUAAGGCAGGGAAGCUACAUAGUGGUCAAUGCCAUUGACCUGACAGUUCAGUUUGAUGGCCAGAGUACCCUACUGGUCAGAAUUGCCCAACACUGUCAAAACAGAGUCACUGGUAUGUGUGGAAACUUCAACAGUGAUCCUGCAGAUGACAAAGUCUUACCCAAUGGCACACUGGCACAAAACGACAAUGAGUUUGGACACAGCUGGAAGGCACCCACAAGCCAACCAGGAUGUGGAUUCACAGAUGAUGAAAAUGGUGAUGGAUUGAACAACUGCACCUUCAGGGAAGAAUUUUCCGAGCUCUGUAGCAUCAUCACAAACACCAGUGGCCCAUUCAGAGCCUGUCACUUGCACCUUGACCCCCAGCCAUUUUUCAGUUCCUGUGUCUAUGAUCUCUGCCUCUACACUCCAGCUAAUGGCAUGCUGUGUUCUGCCAUCUCAGCCUACGAGAGAACCUGCUCUGUUUUGGGGUUGAACAUCUCAGAGUGGCGCCCAGCUUUGCAAUGUGUUGAGUCAGACCCCUGUGAAGAGCAGGACUGCUCAGAGUAUGAGUGGUGUGGUGAGAAGGAUGGGGUUUACAGCUGCUUCUGUGAUGAACACCACCAUCGGCCUAACAAUGAGAGCUAUGACUCAUCCAUCACUUGUGUCAGUAGUUCAGGCACCAUGUCUGUGUCACGCUGCCAGCUGUUUGAAGCUGGCUUCCAUCCUGGCACUCUACACCUGCGGGAAGACUCCUGCAAUGGUACUCUCCAGGACGGACGACUAGUGUUCCACUUUAACAAUGACGACCAGCUCUGUGGGACAAUUCUCAGGAGCAACGGGACCCAUUUCAUCUAUGAGAAUACCAUCCAAGGGGAUGUGGACCAUCACGAGGGCCUCAUUAGCCGCGAGAAGAGCAUUCAUCUGCGCUUCUCCUGUGAAUAUCCUCUGGCCCAGGCCCAGUCCCUGUCCAUGGAUGUGGGCAUCAACCCUGUAGAGAGCAUUGUGAACAAGAAGCUUCCAUCUGGCCAAGGUAGCUAUCAGAUGAGAAUGAUCGUCUACCAGGAUGCUGGCUUCCGUUUCCCCCUGACCAGAAACAGAAACCUAGAGAAAGAAAUAGAUCAGAGGUUGUACAUCGAAGUGCAGACAGAGGGAAUCGAUGAACACCAGAUCUCCACCAUUUUGGACUCUUGCUGGGCAACACCUUUCAGUGACGCCAGCUACCCUGUCCGCUGGGAUCUCAUUAGUGCACAGUGUCCUAAUCCAGCAGAUGGCACAGUAGAGCUGGUUCAGAAUGGCAUCUCCACUGUGGCUAGAUUCUCCUUUGGGAUGUUCACCUUUACCAACUUUUCAUCCAUCUACCUGCACUGCAAAGUCCAUCUAUGCCUUUUGAGAGACAACAACUGCACAGCUCAUUGCUACCCUGGUUAUCACACAAGAGUGGCAAGGGAUAUUUCUCACCAUGACACUGAGGCCAUCUCACUAGGACCAUUAGUCCUCAAACCAGGUAACUCUUACAUUUUCAUAACCUGUAUUCUUAGCAGCGCUUCAGGCCAGUUGACCUCCGUGGUGACCCUGAUAGUCAGUUUGCUAACUGCCAAAACUCUGAUCUAG